ACCGGCUUAAAAAAUAGGCUGAAAAAAAAAUAAUACCCCUAAACACAGAUAAACUUUAAAAUAUUUAAACCCAUAAGUAAAUUUUUUAGUCACUUCUCAAUCCGCUAACUACCCAAGCCCCCGCUUGAAGGAGUUCUACUAGACAAGCAUAUCGAAAAGGAAAAUCCAGUCCCCUCUCUCGCUCUCUCUCUCUCAGUAUCUAUAUACAACGGAUAAGCUAAGGUGGAACCAUUUUCCUCCCUCCAAAAACCGCACUUCUGAAUCAACAACAAUGGCAACUUUAUCUUCAUCUUCACUUUCCAUCUCUUUUUUCUCGUCCUCCAUAUUCACUUCUAAACCUCAAAUUUCAUCUAAAACCCACCUCAAAUUCCCAUCUUCUUCUCUUUCCCAGUACCCAAUUUCUCUUUCCAUCAAAUCCGAACUCGCAACUCUCCCAAUCCUCAACUUUUCCGGUGAAAAAACAGGUGAAACUUACCUUAAUCUGAAAACUGCACCACCCGACACGGCCCGUGCAGUUGUACACCGUGCAUUAAUUACCCACCUCCAAAACAAACGCCGUGGCACGGCUUCAACUUUAACCCGUGCGGAAGUCCGUGGUGGUGGAAGAAAACCAUACCCACAAAAGAAAACUGGUCGGGCUCGACGUGGGUCACAACGUUCUCCUCUUAGGCCUGGUGGUGGGGUUGUAUUUGGGCCAAAGCCUAGAGAUUGGUCCAUUAAGAUGAAUAAGAAGGAAAAAAGACUUGCACUUUCUACUGCGAUUGCUAGUGGUGUUGAAAACUUGAUUGUUGUGGAGGAAUUUGGUGAGAAUUUCCAGAAGCCAAGAACGAAGGAUUUUAUUAGUGCAAUGGAAAGGUGGGGUGUUGAUCCAUCGGAGAAAUCAACGUUUUUGAUGAUAGAAUUGGAAGAAAAUGUGGAGAAAUCUGGGAGGAAUAUUGGGAGUUUGAAGAUGUUAACUCCAAGGAGUUUGAAUUUGUUUGAUAUUUUGGGGGCUGAGAAAUUGGUUUUUACUACUAAAGCUGUGGAUUUUUUGAAUCAGAGGUAUGGGGUUGAUUCUGUGGAUGAUGAUGAGGAUGAGGAUGACAAUGAAGAGGAGGAGGAAGAACAAGGACAAGAAAAUGAUGGUGAGGAAGACGGCACUCCUGAAGCAACCGAGUAGAUAAGCAGGCUGUUUGUUUUAGCUCAGACGAUCAUUAACCGUAUAAAUCCAACAGGUCCCGACUUAUUAGUACAUGCUGCAAGCGCAUAGAUUUUGGUACACGCAUUUUGCUUUCUUGGUUUAUUUCAUGAAUUCAUUCAUUGUAUACGAUUUUUAUCUGUUUGUAACGGAGAAAUAUGUAUUUGUGUUUGUUCAUGUCGAGCACUAGUGACUAGUGAGCUCCAUCCAGUGUAUACAAUGUUGAUCAUUAAUAGAGGAAUAUGUAUGUUUUGCUUGUUGCUA